AUUAACUUUCUUUCUUCCUCUGAACAAACUUUCUAGUUGAUCAGUUCCCAAAAUACUGCCGUGAAUAUGGAUGGUUCUCGUUUCUCCUACACAUACAGGAGACCAGCUUUUGGUCUAACUGGAUUUGCCCACUUGUUUGGCAUAUUGGCAAUCAUUCUUAUGCUUGUUUGGCUGCUUCAUUAUCGUGGGAAUAUUGACUAUGAUUCAGAAAAUCCGGAUUAUGUCUUUAAUGUUCAUCCAGUUCUUAUGUUUGUUGGGUACAUUUUCCUAUCUGGUCAAGCAAUGAUGGCCUACAAGACAGUACCAGCAGCAAGGGGAACAAGGAAGUUUAUCCACAUGCUAUUGCAUGUAAUUGCUCUGAUUAUGGGGAUCGUUGGGAUAUGUGCCGUUUUCAAGUAUCAUAACAUGAAAAACAUUGAGGACAUGUAUAGCUUGCAUUCGUGGAUUGGCUUGGGCACUUUCUGCUUGUAUGUCCUGCAGUGGUUACUAGGGUUUGUGGUGUUCAUGCUUAAUGGAGCUUCAGCGGACGCAAAGUUUUCAAUGCUUGGAUGGCACAUGGCUGGGGGUAGAGCACUUCUGUUCAUGUCCAUCUGCGCAGCCCUUACGGGCCUAAUGGAGAAGGCCCAUUUUCUUGGGCUUAGGCAUCAAACUGAAGCCCGUUUGGUUAACUUCACUGGUCUAUCAAUCCUUCUCUUUGGGGUUUUCGUUGAUUUUACUGUUGUUCUUGGCCGUUGCGUCUAUGUCAAGCAAUAUCCUUGAUUCUUUGAUAUCCAAUAUGUAUCUGAAUCCUUACUUUAUAUAUUACAUUUUUUUUCCCUUUAAUUAUUUUCUAAUGUCCAUGAGUUGAUUGCAUAUACCCGGUGGGAUUUUGUGUGUAAAAUUCAACUUGUAAUUUUCAGCCUAGAAGGGCUCGGCGUGAUUGUUGUAUUGAAUAUUUAUAAGAACGUGUGUUUUAAAGGGAAAUGGGUUCAUAUGCCCUAUUUUUUCCUGUCUCCGCUUAGUAUUAAUUGUUAGAAUAUUAAAAAGUAAUAAUAUAAAAAAGGUAUUAUUAU